CCAGAUUGUCAAUAAUGUCAACCAACUGUCAUUAAUGACGUCUGUCUCCUUCACUCCGACUUCAACGAAACUAUAUCUUAAAAAUACAAUAAAAUAAUAAGUUUGCUGAAAGAAUCUAGAAAAUCAUGACAAGCAGAAAUAGUUUUAAAGGUACACGAAUGAAUUUUAAAGUACAAAAUGAACCUACAGAAGGUAAAGGCACCAAACCCAUUCGCGAAGCAUCGUCUGUCUUAGAAGUCCUGACUUUAAUGAUUGUGCACAUUUGCAAGAAGAUACUUUUCUUUGACACCAAUUUAAAAAUAGCCCUGUAUUUAGGAACCUUAUUCUUACUGUCUCUAAUAGCAGAUGUGUUAACUUUUCCUAAAUCAUAUUUUUCUAGAAGUGAUAAUGUACUGAAUCAAUAUUUUGUGAAAAUUGGUUGGUUUUGGACACUGUUUUUAACAGUACCGUACGUUCUUUUGACUUCGUACACUACAUGCUGUGGAAAAAGACGAUUAAUAUUGACUGCUCAUUUAGCAAGACUAUUUAUUGCUACAUUCUUUUGGUAUACAUGGACUACACUUUUCAACUACAUUGAAACAAACUAUGGACGAUGUAAUAUGAGACAAAUAAGUGACAAGAGUACUUGUUUAAAAAAUGGCCAUUUCUGGAAUGGUUUCGACAUAUCAGGUCAUAGCUUUUUACUAAUAUAUUCUAGCUUAGUUUUGAUUGAAGAAGCCAGAGCAAUAAAUGGUUGGGAAGGAAUAAAAGACUUCAUUAGAGAUGAAAAGUAUUCAAGAAGCAUUGAUGAUCGCUCAGCGAGUGUAAACCCUCUCAAAAAUAUUAACACUGAAGAAUUGGAAAUUUUGAAAGUCUCUUAUGAAAAUUUUACACCAUAUGUCAGAGGUUUCUUGAUUGCUAUUACUCUUUUUCAAAUAUUAUGGGAUGUCAUGCUAGUUUCGACAAUAUUGUAUUAUCACAUAAUGGUGGAAAAAUUUAUAAGUGGUGUAAUAGCAAUUUUAACAUGGUUUGUAACAUACAGAGUUUGGUAUACCAUACCAAAUAUAUUACCAAAUUUGCCUGGAGAAGGAAUAUUUAAAUACAAUAAAGAAAAACAGACUGCAACAACUUCUGUUCACCGAAAACGAAUGAGUAGUACUAAUGGAAAACACUUUAUGGGCAUGCCAAUCAAUAAAACUCAAGAAGUUCCAGAUACUUCAAAGGAAGAAUCAAGAUAAUGUGUGAAUUUCUUCAUAAGUAUAAUUUAUUUAUUUUGUU